GCCGCCGUGUGCAGCUGUGCCUCAUAUUUACUUUUGCUGCCACCUCACUUCACCUCGCUGAGCAGAACUGAAGGUGACACGUCUCAGGGAUAUGUAAGACAUCUCCACCGCUCGCUGCUUCUUCUCAUGCUCGAAGGAGAGGGGAAACCUGGAUCCUGAUGUCCUCUCUCCCCUUCAGAUUGCAAUUUUUUUUUCCAUUUUAGCCUCACCACAUUCUGAGAGCCAGAACUUCUGGCCUUGUUCUUCUUUUCUGUAGGACAGAUUUUCAUAUUCUAAGAUUCCAUCACGGUAAAAAGUGAGAAGAACCUAUCGGCAGCAGUAGGGAGGAAUGUGACUCUCCUGUGUCAGCUGAUAUCCACCAAAGCAAAUGUCAUUCAAAUCACAUGGCAGAAAGAGUCGGGCAAUUUUUCUGGCCCAGUGGCUUCCACCAGUAGGGUUUAUGGGCCGAAAAUUCUAGGUUACUACUCAAAUCGGGCGAAACACUCUUCUGUAGAUGCCCUCAAUAUGUCAGCAAUUAUCAUCAGCCCCGUGACUUUGGAGGAUGAGGGGUGUUUUAAAUGUAUCUUCAAUCUGUUUCCAGUUGGAGCUUCAGCUGGAAAAAUUUGCCUCAAUGUGUACGAAGAAAAAAUAUCCGAGCCAACGUUGGAUGUUAAGAUAAUUGACCGCCCGGAGAUGUUGGAAAAACUUCUGGUUAUCACCUGCAGUGGAUCAGGACUUCCAGCUCCCAACAUCUCAUGGAACCAUUCACUGGACCUACAAUAUGAACCUCAAACAUGUAGUAUUGUGAAUUCUGAUGGGACCAUGACCGUCAUCAGUAAUCUGACCCAAACAAUGGAUGAGACCUUAGAAGGGACAAAAGUGACCUGUAUUGUAAAUCACCCGACACUUGGAGCUGAGAAACGUCUUUCUAAACUGGUGCCUUACACAGGCGGAACGUAUUCUAAAAGGGAGGACACAACCACAGGGAGGACCCAUACACGGAUUUUAGUAAUUCCUCCCCUUGUUUUUGCUAUAAUCAUUAUCCUGCUGAUAAGGUAAGUACAGCGUACAUACU